AUGGGUUUUCAACAACAGGCCGUCCAAAUCGAACUAAAUCGAAUGAGCCUAACACUACGGGGAAAGUGGGCGGGCAACGAGGCGUGCCGUUUGCUAAGAGCGCCAAAUCAGCAGAACCCUAAUUGGAGGCGGACACAGGAUGAGCACGGAGCUGCGUAUGCGGCCAAGGGCGAGCAUUCUUUGGCACUGGCCAGCAGCAGCAGCAGCUUAAGUAGCCGUCCAGUUGAUCAUUUGAAGCGCUUCAGCAGAUCUCUGCUAUUUCCAGCUACCUCCCCAACUCGUGUCCAGUUCAUUGGCGGCAUUGGCAUCCCAGUAGAGGAUUUACAUUUCGAGUCAGUCACAUCGGGCUAUGUGCUAAAAACGGAAUACUUUCUGCCCACCACAGCCGAUGAAAUCACCAGAGUUUACCUCAAACCGCAGCCCAUAACAGCCAGAGAGCAUAUGGGUCAUAUGGAAGAUGCAUCUGGCAUGGGCUCCAUGUAUCGCUGGGUCAUAUAUCGAGGAAUUGAGAUGGUGUUGCAGAAUAUAAAUAUGCCUGGACGCAGCUGCCUGCUGCGUGUCAUUUGCGAGCAUGCAGCACUGCCCUUGGGCCAUGAAAGUGGUUUGCUAGGUGAACUGCUGCACAUAGUGCUGACUCCAUCGAGCUCCUCGGAUCACAUUGUCUUGCCCAGUGAUCGGGAGUAUUUGGUUGCGGAACGUUUUGGUAAGCGCGGGGGCAACUGUGAGUCUGCCUAUGGAAGCAAAUGCCCAAGUUCUCCCAUGGGCCUGAUUACGGUAAUACUAUGAGUUUUUGGUGCAACAGAACGAUUGUGAUAAAUUGGAAUUAAAGUGAAAUUGUAUUCAACAAAAGUGUUCCUAAG